UCCGACCAAAAUCUCUGAUAAAAAAUCGAGCCCUAAUUCCUCGAAUCUGAAUCUUUUACUCGAGAAGUUUUUGAUUGCUUGUUUUUUUUUUUUGUUGAAUCUCGGGAAAUUAUACAGCAGGGAAAAUGGUUUUGGCUGAGCUCGGCGGGCGGAUUACCCGCGCCAUACAGAAGAUGAGCAGAGUGAUGGUUCUCGAUGAAAAGGCUCUGAAUGAAUGCUUGAACGAGAUCACUCGCGCUCUGCUCCAAUCCGAUGUUUCUUUUCCCCUUGUGAAGGAGAUGCAGACCAAUAUUAAGAAGAUCGUUAACCUAGAGGAUCUAGCAGCAGGCCACAACAAGCGGCGUAUCAUUGAGCAGGCUAUCUUCACUGAGCUCUGCAAUAUGCUGGAUCCAGGAAUGCCUGCCUUUUUCCCCAAAAAGGCAAAACCUAGUAUAGUUAUGUUCGUCGGAUUACAAGGUGCUGGAAAAACCACUACGUGUACAAAGUAUGCUUAUCAUCAUCAGAAGAAAGGGUACAAACCAGCUCUAGUGUGUGCGGAUACUUUUAGGGCAGGUGCUUUUGACCAGCUUAAACAGAAUGCCACUAAGGCUAAGAUCCCGUUUUAUGGAAGCUACACGGAGUCUGAUCCUGUGAAAAUUGCUGUUGAGGGAGUUGAUAGGUUCAAGAGAGAAAACUGUGAUCUUAUCAUUGUUGACACGAGUGGUCGCCAUAAACAAGAAGCUUCUCUCUUUGAAGAAAUGCGUCAAGUUGCUGAAGCAACGAAACCAGAUCUUGUCGUAUUUGUUAUGGAUAGCAGUAUUGGUCAAGCUGCAUUUGAUCAAGCUCAAGCAUUUAAGCAAAGUGUUGCAGUGGGAGCUGUAAUUAUUACUAAGAUGGACGGCCAUGCCAAGGGUGGUGGUGCUCUUAGCGCUGUUGCAGCUACAAAAAGCCCUGUGAUAUUCAUUGGAACAGGAGAGCAUAUGGAUGAGUUUGAAGUGUUUAAUGUCAAACCAUUUGUCAGCCGUCUUUUAGGAAUGGGUGAUUGGUCUGGAUUUGUGGAAAAACUACAAGAGGUGGUUCCUAAAGAUCAAAAGCCUGAAUAUUUGGAAAAGCUCUCUAAGGGUAACUUUCCAUUGAGAAUCAUGUACGACCAGUACCAGAGAAUGCUGAACUAUGGCCCACUUAAACAGUUUUACUCGAUGCUGCCUGGAAUGAGUGCUGAAUUGAUGCCGGAAGGACACGAGAAAGAAAGCGAGGCGAAGAUGAAACGAUAUAUGACAAUGAUGGAUUCCAUGACAAAUGAAGAACUGGACAGCUCAAACCCAAAGAUGUUUAACGAGUCAAGGAUGAUACGGAUAGCGAGAGGGUCAGGGAGGAUUGUAAGAGAAGUGAUGGAGUUGUUGGAAGAUUACAAGAAGCUAGUAAAUACAUUGAGCAACGUGAAAGGGCUCAAGAUCGCAAAGAAUGGAGAUAUGAGCUCAAGAAAGAAGAGCGCGCAACAGCUGAGCAGGGUCCUACCGCCUCAGGUGCUAGAGCAGUUUGGCGGCAUGGGUGGUCUCCAGAGUCUCAUGAGGCACAUGGGCGCCAAGGAAAUGAUUGGAAUCUUCGGUUGAUGAGACGACUAGUUUCUUUCUUUCUUUCUCUCUUGCACAGCCAAAAAUAAGCUAGACUUCUCUUUUGUUUUUGUUUUUCUUCUCCCUCGACUUGAAAGUACAAAUAACAAACCAUUAAUUGCCGAAAAAAGUUAGAGAUAAUAACUCUCUAUAAUUUACAGUUGAAUA